UGCAACACUCUACAGUUGGGUGAACAAAAUGGCUGUGAACUCUCUGGACCUGCUCUUCAGAACUCUGGAUGAUUUGGAGUCUGGAGACCUGAGGAGGUUCAGGACCUACCUGUUUGACUCUCAGGAGACCAUGGAGGGGUUUGAGCCCAUCCCCAAAGGAAAGCUGGAGGACAGUGAUGCUACUGAUGUUGCCUCUAAGAUGAAGGAGGCCUAUGGGGGAGACGGCUCCGUGAAAAUGACUCUGACCAUCCUGAGGAAGAUGAAUCUCAACAACCUUGCAGAUAGACUAGAGAGGGAUGCUGCAGAGUCUGGAAAGAGAGAUGAGGGUGCAAUUGUUCAAGACUCAACAAAGGAAGAUGAUGCAAUCGUACAUGAAGUCAAAGAAAAACACAAGAAGUGGAUGAUAAAGAAGUUCGGUAAGAUUUAUGAGUGUAUUGAGGAGGGGAAGAACAAAACACUCCUGAGUAAGAUCUACACAGAGGUCUACAUCACAGAGGGAGAGAGUGAAGGCGUCAACACUCAACAUGAAGUUCGCAGGAUUGAAACACAAUCAAAAUUUCACAAGGACAAAAUCAACUGUAAUGACAUCUUUAAGUGUGUUCUGGAACAUGACAAAAUCCGAACUGUGAUGACCACAGGCAUUGCCGGCAUCGGAAAAACAGUAUGUGUGCAGAAGUUCAUUCUGGACUGGGCAGAAGGAAGCGCCCAUCUGGAUGUUGAUUUCAUAUUCUCACUUCCAUUUCGGCAGUUCAAUUUGAAACAGAAUGUGUCAUGCUCUCUUCUCAAACUCCUCCUUGACUUUCAUCCUGAACUGGAUGAAAAGGUCAUGACUCUCCACCUGCUCAGAAAGUCGAAGAUCAUACUCAUCUUCGAUGGUCUCGAUGAGAGCAAACUCUCCCUGAACAUAGACCAGGACGUAGAUAUAUAUGAUCCCCUGAAGACUGCAUCAGUGGAAGUGUUGAUAGCCAAUCUCAUCAAAAACAACCUUCUGCAAAAUGCAUGUAUUUGGAUAACAUCCCGGCCAGCAGCUGUCAAAUGGAUCCCUCCUAAAUACAUAGACAGGUGGACAGAGGUACAAGGGUUCAAUGAUCAACAGAAAGAUGAAUAUUUCAAGAAGAGGAUUGUGAAUGAAGCUGAAGUCAACACAGUCAUCACCCACAUUAAAAGUUCAAAGAGCCUCUACAUCAUGUGUCACAUACCAGUCUUCUGCUGGAUCUUAGCCACUGUUCUUCUGAAAAUGAUCAAUCAAACCAGCACAAGUCACUUGCCUCAAACACUGACUGAGGUCUACAUCUGUUUUCUGCUCACUGAGACAAACAGGAAGUGCCAAAAAUAUGGCAAAGGUGUCGAACAAGAUGAUAAAAAACGCUUACAGUCUAGCAGAGAGGCUAUUUUAAAGUUAUCUGAACUGGCUUAUAACGAACUGGGGAAAGGUAAUAUAUUGUUUUAUGAAGAAAGUUUCAAAGAGUGUGGCAUCAAUGAAGAUGACAUUACACUGUACUCUGGUAUGUGCUCGGAGUUCUUCAAGAGUGAGUGUGUACUCGACCGACAUAAAGUGUAUUGCUUUGUGCAUCUCAGCAUUCAGGAGUUUCUGGCAGCUUUGUUUAUGUUUCACUCCUUGAUGAAUAAGAACACAGAAGUCUUGGAGCAAUUCUCAUCAAAAGAAUCUUUCUUUACAGAAAUAGGGAGACGUCUGACUAAGUUAUUUAAUGCAGGCUCGAGAGCCCCUACCAUUUCCAUGGCUGAUUUUUUUAGAACAGCAGUGGAUGAAUCCAUGCAGAGGGAAGAUGGACAUUUGGACCUUUUCCUUCGCUUCCUCUUGGGCAUAUCACUGGAGUCUAACCAGAAACUCCUACAAGGCCUUCUGACACACACAGAGAGCAGCACAGACAGUCUCAAGGAAACAGCCAAGUACAUCAAACAAAUUCUGAGUGAGGACACAAAAGUUCCUGAAAGAUGCAUGAACCUGUUAUUUUGUUUAUUGGAGAUGAAGGACAAUUCCCUUCAUCAGGAGAUUCAGCAGUACAUGAACUCUGGAGAAGAGCUCUCACCUUCCCAAUGUUCAAGACUGGCCUACAUGCUUCUGGUAUCAGAUGAAACACUGGAUGAGUUUGACCUGGCUAAGUACAACACAGCAAGUGAUGGUCGUAAGAGACUGCUUGUACUAUUGAGUGCUUGUAGAAAAGCACGAUUGGUUGGUUGUGAUCUCCGAGACAAUUCGUGUGAGGUCCUAACAUCUGCUUUUCAGUCAGAAAACUCCCAGUUGAAAGAGCUGGACUUGAGCUCUAAUCCUCUGAGGGAUUCUGGAGUGAGGUUGCUGUCUGUUGGGCUGAAGCAUACAAACUGCAGACUGGAAACACUGAGACUUGCUGAUUGUAAGCUCACACUUACUACAUGUAAGACCGUAGCUUCAAUCCUACAGUCACCAAACUCCUUGUUAGAGCUGGACCUGAGUAAAAAUGACUUGGGGGACUCUGGAGUUCAGCUUCUCUGUACAGGAAUGUACAGUCCCCACUGCAAACUGCAGACAUUAAGAUGUGCAGAGAGUAAACUCACAGAUAAGUUCUGUGAGAUCGUGGCUUCAGUUCUACAGUCACCAAACUCCCUGCUACAGCUGGACUUCAGUCACAAUGACCUGGGGAAUUCUGGAGUACAGCUUCUCUCUAAUGGACUGUCUAAUCGUCACUGCAAACUGCAGACAUUAAGGCUCUCUGAUUGUCUCAUGUCAGGGAAGGGUUGUGGUUUUCUGGCUUCAGCUCUGACAUCAAACCCCUCCCAUCUAAAAGAGCUGGAUCUGAGCUACAAUCAUCAUGGAGAAUCAGGGCUGAAGCUGUUAUCUGCUAGACAGGAGGAUCCUGUCUGCAAACUGGAAAUACUUAAAACUGACAAUGCUUCCGUAAGCAGAGCACGGCCACGUUUACUGAGAUAUGCCUGUGAGCUCACAUUGGACCCAAACACAGCACACAGAAGUCUCUCUCUCUCUGAGGGGAACAGAAAGGUGAAACAUGUGAGUGAGGAACACCCGUAUCCUGAACACCCAGAGAGAUUUGACCUGUGGGAACAGGUGUUGUGUAAAGAGGGUCUGACUGGACGCUGCUACUGGGAGGUUGAGUGGUUUGGGGAGAUAGCUGACAUAGCCGUGGCCUACAAAAGCACCAAGAGGAAAGGGGAUGAUGAUGACACCCUGCUGGGAUGCAAUUCCAAGUCCUGGCGUCUGUUCUGCUCUCCUGACCUUUACUCGGUCAAGCACAGUAAUAAACGCACCGACAUACCUGCCCGCUCCUCCCACUCCAGAAGAGUAGGAGUGUACCUGGACUGGCCGGCCGGCACUCUGUCUUUCUACAGCGUCUCCACUGACAAACUCACCCACCUGCACACGUUCCACUCCACAUUCACUGAGCCCCUCUGUCCAGGGUUCUGGGUGUGGGAUUUCAACUCCCCAGUGUCCUUGUGCCAGAUCACAUGAGCUCCUCCUCCAAAUAAGUAUGUCCACCUGUCACCUGUGUAACGUUCUGGCUCAGGUACAUAUGUACAUCGAAGGGGAGACCAAACACAGUUUUGAAAUAAUAAUAAAUUAAUUUCUUUAAUAAGGUUAAGAGAGACUAGGGUCAAGGAAUAAAGAUAAAAGUGUAGUGAGGUGUUAGUCAGUAGCCGUUAACUGACUGAACGCCGCCUCAUCCGCGGCUAGGUUUAACCGGCCAUUCCCCGGCUAGGUCAGUGAGGACAAGAGGCGAGAUAUUCCAAAGCCGCCUCGGUGUAGGCGUAAACAUGUAAGAACUGGGUGUGAAGUUGAACAGUGACGUACAACAACAUAGGCGUCGAAGUCUCGUGACACUAGCCUACUGUCAUUCUCAAAACAGCGGUGCAGCUCUCUGUCAAGUUCUCUGCUCAUCCGUUUGAUAUUUCUAGAUCUUCUGACUAAGUUUACUCUACUUAUCCAAACUGACGACAUCACCACUGUCACUAGAUAUAAAGCAAACAUUGAUUUUCACUCGGUGCUAUUCACUGACCGUAAAAAAGUGUCAUUAGUAGCCUAUGCAGUAUGCACCUGUUCUAUACAGUCUGGUAUGCACUGUUGUUUGUGGCUAGCUAGACUUGCUAGCUCGAUGUGACACAAUAUUGUAGCGCGGCUCGGAUAUGCUUGUGUUACGUUCAUGCAAGGGGGAAAUGUAGCCUACGGCUAAGAUGGUUAAGCAGCCUGUUGUCAUAAGAUAGUUGACGGUUACGCAUUAUAUAGGUGUACUAGACUAGUUAGCUGAUGUGUUGUGGGAUAAGGGGUUUAUGUUACGGGAUGCCACCCAUGUUGUGGGAUAUAGCCACGGGGAUCUUAAACAGGCCACUUCCAUGUAAUGUCAUUCCUCAUAUUCAUCUGGUAAUAAACAUUUCCUAACAGAGUAAUUCUUGCCUCGUCACAAUAUCAACUCUCCACUCAUUCCGCUUGGACUAUGCAUUAUACAUUUCACUGCCUCACGUCUGCCAGGUUCCAAACUGUCUUCCUAACAGUUACAAUCAGUAUUUUUGUGAUAACAACAAAACAGCUCUGCAAAGUUUAAACCAACGAUGCUAAUCGCGACUAGCGAUUAGCCAUUUAAAAUGCAGAGCCUACCCUCAUAAGGAGACCUCUCCAAUUCAGAAAAAUGCAUUAAACUAAAAUUAGACAACGUUGUUAUGUUUCUUAAACCUUAGGGUGGGUAUGAUAUAGGCCUAGCCUACAUGCUUUAACGAAAUACGUUGUCAAUGGUUAUUUGAGCAAGCUAGCCAAGGUCUAGCUAAUUUAUCCUGGCUGUAGAUAAAGCAGGAUAGGCUAUGUUUUCCCAAUAUGUUAGCAAUUAAUAAAUAAAUGCUGAGAUGUUUGGCGAUUUAAUUGCCAUUGACAUUUGAAAGAACAGUGUGCUAGAUGGACCACAAGGACCAGUGUUAAUAUGUGAACAGUAUGAUGAUGAUCUGACAGCUGUGCUCAGCAUACAGUCAGUCAGCUGUUUGCUGAUUUUAAGUCUUUCAGCAGUGUGUGCACAACUCUCGUUGUUGACAGCUCCGCCCAUGUCUCAGCUAGCCGCCGCAUAGCCGGCUCGCGUGCUCACUGCAGUCGCCCCGGCGAUAUGUGUACCCUCAGGGGAGGACAAUUGGCAGCGUAAAUCACCUCGGCGAUUAGCCGGCUAUCAGUGAGUACAGUCGGGACUAGCCGCCUAAAAGCCCGUGCAUCGCCGGCUAGCUGUGCAGUCAGUAAACGGCUAGUCUUGGGGGGGGGCGCAGCCAAUCAGGCACACCUGGGUAG